AUGACAGCUGAAACAGGGACAUACCGAUGGAUGGCACCAGAGGUCAUUGAGCACAAACCUUAUGAUCACAGGGCAGAUGUUUUUAGCUACGCGAUUGUGCUGUGGGAACUUUUGACUGGUGAACUGCCAUACGCUUACUUGACUCCACUGCAAGCUGCUGUUGGCGUUGUCCAAAAGGGACUUCGACCAAAAAUUCCAAAGCAAACACACCCAAAGCUGACUGAACUUCUUGAGAAAUGUUGGCAGCAAGACCCAGCUCAAAGACCCGAUUUUGCAGAAAUCAUAGAAAUGCUUAACAUACUAGUCCACGAGGUUGGAGAAGAUGAGCGCCAAAAGGAUAAACAUGGUGGUUACUUUUCAGGCCUAAGAAAAGGCCAUCGUUAA